GGUGCGUGCGCAAAUCGAUCGUCGUACGAAUACGUGUGUGUGUGUGUGUGUGUGUGUGUGUUUGCGCGCGUGUUUGUGUGUGUGUUUGCGCGUGGAGGGGUGCGCGGGGAAGGGAUUUGGGAGCGCGCAAACGCCGCCCGGCGGCACAGCGACAGCGUCAUCACCGGCAGCACCGGCAGUCGGCGGAUCGGCGCGUUCCGUGUGUCUGGCCUAGUACACACAUUGUUGGCUGCAAUUGGUGUCGUCGUCGUACGGUACGUACGGUACGUAUAUAUUCUAUUCGUACGGGCCCACCGCGUAUACCACGGUACAGGCGCGCUCGCACGAAUCGCACUGAAGCCCGAUAGCCGCACUGCGCGGUACACGUCGUAAUAUCGUACGACCGUACAGUACAGCCGAUCCUGCCCGUGCCCCGCUGACUCCAACAUUGCCGUUUCCAUACGAUAAUCAUAUCAUAGUCGUUAUUGUUAAUAUUAUAUUGUUACGAGUACGGCCGAAGACCACACCGCCGGGGCGUCGCCGAGGAAAAACGCCGUGCGCCAGACGCCGCCGUCAUGACGCCCGUCAUCAAUUCGACGACGUUGGCAACCGUGCCGCUAGCGUGACAUGGACAAGCGUGCGGAACACGUGAGGAAAUUGCCUCCGUUGGCCUCGUCCGAAGAUCUCAGUGAGGAUUUAUUAGACAGCCCGGAAGCUGACGCCAAAAACAAAUGUUUGGAAGACAUCGAGGAAGUGCCGAACACGCCGGGCAAGGCGUCAAGACAACAGACGAUAUGUUUGGCGAUGCCAAACACCCCAAGGAUAGACAUCUCUCGAGCCAGCAGUUCUUCACAUCACGACGACAGUAGUCCCGAGAGAGACUUGUUUGUCGACGCUGACGGAAAAUCCGUUGAAUCUGUUAAAUCUGGUCUAGGAUAUACGGAAGAGAUUAUAACUGACCUCCAUAGCAGUACUGAAGAAUUAAACUUUCACGACUUAACUGAAUCGGAAAUCAGAAGGCGGCGGUCAAAACUGCAGCCUCAAUACGCGGUUUCUGACGCUACUAUGGAUACGGAUUUUGCUGCUGAUCGAAGAGAUACAGCUAGCGAAUCCGGUUUUCUGUGCAUUAGUGGUCGUAGUAGCCGAGUUUCUUCAGUAGGAUCAGUACACUCCACUGCCUCCAUAGCUUCUGCAGCAUCACGUUUGUCUGCUGCGUCGAAUUAUUCCAGAGCUUCCAGAGGUUCAUCACCACAUAGAGUUCUUUUGGAAACAUCGUUUUGUGGUCCAAAAUCACCAGAACACUUUGCCAAUCGCCAACUGAUUCCUAUCAACGACGACGACGACGAUCUAAGUGAACCAACUGUUAGACCAAAAUUAGCAGACAUUGAAACUCAAACAGAACAAAGACCAAAAAAAGUGCACGUAGAAUCUGUCAAAAAAGAAAUAAAAAACGAUCAAGUUAAAGCAAAAGUAAAGAAAACUAAAUCAAAAGAAAUAAAAGAGGUUAAAGAAAUUAAAGUGGUUAAAGAAAUAAAAGUUACAAAAGAUCUGGCCAUGGAAAAAGAAUCAAAAGAAAGAAAAACAAAAGCAAAGCCUACUUCAAAAGUAAAAGUCGUACUAGAUAACCCCAAAACACAAAAAUUUGUACCAUUAGACAGUCUCGAUGACGACGACAUAGAAAUAAUUCAGGGUAAUGCACCGAAACAAGUCCCAACAGCUAUACCAAGGGAGAAGUCAUCUCGUCCAAAAAUAACUACAGGAGAAAAUCAAAUUUACAUUCCAUUAAACCCUGAUCCAAUCGAACAAGGAUCUGUAAAUCCUACUAGUCCAAAACGAUUAAAACCAUUUACAAACCGGACAUUAGUAGAUUUCAUCAAUAGAGAUCCGGCAACUAUUGAAUCUUCUAAAAGAAUAAGGAGACCAAUUAGAUCAGGCUCGCCAGGAAUCAGAGAAGAGUUUAAAAAGUUCAUAUCAAGCGCAGAUGAAGAGGCUGAUGGAGCUCCGAUACAACCUGUAAAGUUAAGAAAACAAAUGAGCGUUGAAAUGACAAAAAGAAAGUCUAUAGAUCAAGAUUGCUCUUCCAGAUCCAUGUCACCGUCAAUAUUUGAAGAGUUUCAAAAGUUUAUUUCUGAACCAGAAGAUGGAGAUAUAAAUGUUACAAAACUUGAAACAAAAAAUCGUUGUUCGGCUAUUUCCAUUACGAGCCGUGAAGUACAAUCUGUAGUUGGGGCGGGGUUAACAGAUAGUCCAAAUCUUGGAAGAUCGUUAUCUCCGUCAAUACACGAAGAAUUUCAUAAAUUUAUGGCACAACCAGACGACGAAGAAAAAGGUAUCAUACAUAAAACAUUACCUCACACAGCAUACAAAAACCCUAUUGAAGGUAGUCCUUCGUUGUCGACUUCAAGUAACAUUCGUUCGAUCUCACCAAGUAUUUACGAAGAGUUCCAAAAAUUCAUUGUAGAACCUGAAGGUAAUGAUGAUUUACUACCAGCACCACCACCGAGAAAACACGAUAAUGAUUUACACCCAGAUGAAGCUUCUUGUAGUAGAUCUAUAAGUCCAGGAAUUCUAGAUGAAUUCCAAAAGUUUAUAAGUGAACCAGACGAUGAUUCGUCAGGUAGAAGAACAUGUGAUCCUGCGCCACCAGCAAAAAGUCAACAAAUGAUUAAAGUCCAAGUACAUUGUACACCUGGAAGUCCACCGCCGGAACAAAUAGUCAUAAAAAAUUCAGGAAGACCUAAAUCUGACGAUCUAGUGAAAAUCAUACCACUUAAAAGCGAAGACGACGAUUCAGGUCAGCUACAAUCUGUCUCUUCAUCGCAAGCUCAGAUCCUCAGGAGGCGUUCCGAGUCUUCCAAGGAAGCCAGACCGAAAACCGGUACAAUGGAUAAAUCUAAGGACCGUAGAGGAUCAAGUCGUUCGCUGUUGGGAUCACUUCUACACCGAGCUAGCAGUUUUAGAAGUAUUAACAAGAAAUCUCCAAAACGAUCUAGUGUGUCGGAGUUUGUUGAUAUUGAUCCGAAAUUCACUAACGUAGAGUUCAAAUUUAAUCAAGAUAUAGAAAAGGAUACGGUUAUAAUUCCAUUGCACUCUCCUAAUGAUAGUUUUGACGAACUCGUUGUUAGCGAUUCAGAUUCAAAUAUCACAAGGGCAGUUGUUCACGUUUCAUAUGAACCUAAGCAAGUAGAAAUAGAAACCGUAUCGAAUAAAAAAUUAUUCGACGAUUUGGUAACGCACCAUAACAAAGUGCUAGUAGAAUCAAUAGACAAAGUUAAUGUUGUUGAUGAUACCGUUAAAAAUAUUCAAAUCAUCAAAGAUGACAUUUGGAACAGUAACGAAAUUGGUGAUUGCAAAAUUACAAAUAAUUUAGUGAAACUCGAAGAGUCGUCAUUAUCACCCGGAUUUAGUAGAUCACAAGAACCGGUGCACUCGGCCAACAGCAACGAUACGUCACCAGACUCGGAAGUGAUGUCGUCGCUUUCGAUUGCUGCCACAGAAGAAGAGAAGAAAAAAUUAUUCAGCCACCCAAAUUCGGUGGAAGAAGAAUUACCACAUGUUCCGACAACACUUCCGCUAGAAAGGUCGGUGGCCGUGCCAAUUAUACCCGUCAAGCAUCGGAUCGCCGAGACGAAGACUUGUUCGUUGGAUAGGCCGACUCCGCGGUGCAGCACACCCGGCGCCACCGACUUACCUUCGGGACUAGGAACUUACGCCAUCGCAGCCGCGUUCGAAGACUCACCGGUUGUCGCCAGCAAAAUACAGAUCAUACUACCGAAAUUCAGUAAACCCGCAACCACCGUCCAGACACCGACUACUGAUCCCCCGAGGCGUCGCCGAGCCCGCAGCGUCAACGUGCCGAUGAGCUGCUCGCGAGGCCGCUGGGUGGACUUUGACGACGACGACAACCUCAAGCGCGGCGGCGAGGCGUCGUUCAAGCCCAGGUCGCCCAAGAAGAUCACUGUUCUACCCAUGUCCAUGAGACCCCGUCGGCGAUCGUCGUCCACCAACGCGGACCACAGCCGAUGUGGGUGCGACUGUCACCUCCACGGAGGACACGAAACAUGGCCCGCGGUCACCAGGAACAGGAGCGACACGACUUGAACGAAACCCAAUAAACGCCAAAAACAAACGAACCGUCGUCGUCCCCCGUCGUACCAUGAGCUAUGAACGACUGACCCUGUCGUCGUUUUCCGUCUCAAUAAUAUUCGGUUAGGUGGUAAUGAUAAUUGAUAAUAUUUAUAAUUUACUGUUACGAAAUACUGUUUAUAUACUGUUAUUAUAUUCAUUGCGAUUUUACUCAAUUCGAAACGAUAUUUUAUAAUAGGUAUGUUAUUUACGCAUAUAUUAUGUACCCGUCUAAUUAUUAUAAUUAUGUUAUACUAUGUAUGAAAACAUUUUUUUUAAAUAUAAUAUAUAUAUAUACUAGCUGCGCCGUGCGGCGUGCAAGUUCUACAGAAUAUUGUAGUCGAAAAAGACGUGCAAACUGCAGCGUAGGUGUUCGGCCAUAGGCGACAAAAAUCGUGUUCUGAAUACAAAGUUCUGUAUAAAAAAAUAUAUAGUAAUAAAUUGAAUAAUAACAGUUAAAUUUUACGCACUGCCAUUCUUUAAAAAAAAAAAAACAUAAAA